AUGAUAACAACGCAUCUUCGUCGCCAGGAACUCGCUGCCCGACCUCUCCGUGAUCCGCAACGUGGAGACCCUUACUUUGGACGAAAUGACUUCUUCGCGAUGCGAGAACAUCGAGCGACGCGCUUGCGUGAGUCCCAUCACCUGCGAUAUCUCCCCGGCUCCAUUCCAGAGCAGGUUCGCGAGGAAGACCGCAAAGUCACCAUGAGAGACGGCCAUGACAUCGCCAUUCGGGUCUAUACCCCCGUGAAGGCCCCCUCCAAAGGUAGCCCGCUCAUUGUGAUGUAUCACGAGGGCGGGUGGUACAUGGGCGAUCUUUCCGAUGAAGAGGUGAACUGCCGCCUGUUCAGUAGGGAUCUCGGCGCAGUGUGUAUCAACGUCGAGUAUCGGCUCGCCCCUGAAUUCCCCUUUCCAACAGGUGUCAAUGACAGCUGGGACGCGUUGCAAUGGGCCGCUGAGAACGCAACCGAACUAGGCGCAGACCCUUCCCAAGGCUUCAUCAUUGGUGGCGGCUCCGCAGGGGGUAACAUCACAGCGGUUCUCGCCCACCUCGCCCGCGACAACAAUCUCUCCCCGCCGCUCACAGGACAAUACCUCUGCGUCCCAGCUAUCAUGUGUCUCGCUCCUCCCGAGUCCAUACCCGAGCAAUACCGUCCCGAGUAUCUCAGCCACCCCUCUGUUACGCCGUGUAAAGACCCCGUCAUCGGCAACACCGCCGGCGAUGGGGAAGCGGCACUGCGUGCUAUCAUUCAACCCGACCUGGAGAGUCCCCUCUUCAUUCCGUUCCACUAUGGUAGAAUCGGUCAAGGCCACAAGGGGCUGCCAUCUGCAUACUUCCAGCUGGCUGGGUUGGAUCCCUUCCGAGAUGAGGGCCUUAUCUAUGAGCGGGUUCUGAGGGAGGAAGCAGGAGUCAAAACGAAGCUUGAUAUGUAUGCUGGGCUACCUCACUACUUUUGGACCAAUUGGCCACUCCUGGAGAAGAGCAAGACCUUCGUGGAAGAUACGGUAAAGGGCAUUCAGUGGCUGUUGGAACAGAAGACAUAG